AUGAAAGAAAAGCAUGACAAAUAUGAGCAGCUGCUCGCCAAGGUGGACUGGCAUGCACCACACCCACCGAAAGGCUAUCAAUACGGUGCCGGUCGCGGGGCGAAGGGCUUCGUCACAACAGCCGAGCUCACCACCGGCGUCAACACGAUGACAAAGAUGACGCCAGACGAGAGUGAUUUCUUCGCCGCAAUGGAGCGUCUGGAGGAGCGCACACGGAAACUAAGGCGCGCAGACGACGGGGCAGCAGCGAGCCUGGCCGGCGGGCGCCACACCAGCACGGUGCCGAGCAGCAGUGCAGACGGCAGCGCUCCGGCGAAGGUGAAGCUCUCGCUGGAGGACCUUGCCACGCUCGAAGCCGUGUCCUCUGCCAGUGCCGCAGAGUCAACCACCACUGUAGGCUCACAGAGCGCCACCUCAGGGCCCCCACCAUCUGGGCUGUUGACAACAGCGAACCUGCUACCAUCAGCGUCUGCCCCAGGUACCUCAAUCCCGCUAGUGGUGCGCAGCGCUCGGACGGAAGAGGGCGAGGCUGCCGAGGAGCACGUCUUUGCUGAGGAGCGUGUUCUCACCGCCUACGACGUUCUGAAAGGCAAGGCAUCUGCUGUACAGGCCGGUCUGCACAGUGUUCUUGCGAUGGGGUCGACUGAGGAGCAGACGACGUGGAUUACCCACGCACGCGCCUACCGUGAGAUGGGAAUGACGCGUCGCGCGUAUCAGACGCUCGUGGAUGGGUGCGCUGUGACUGGCAGGAAGGGCAAGCGCAUCUGGGAGGAGCGGCUGCGCUACCUCGCCAAAGAUAACCACACCGGUCGACGCCGCCUGCUUGAGGAAGCCACGACGGCGUGCCCAACGGAGGAGGAGCUCUGGACACAGCUGCUGGGCUGCGUACCACCGCUCGAGCAGGUGCCGUGUCUCCAGCGGGCGGUACUGGCGUGCCCGUCGAGCGAGAAUCUGUGGCUGCGCCUGGUCCACUACGUGCCCUCCUCGCAGGACCAGCGCGCGCUGUUACAGAAAGCGCUGCAGUACACCCCGACGCUGCCGCUGCUGUGGGCACGCCUGGCGCGACUGGAGACGUAUCAGACGGGCAAGGAAAUGUUCCAGGCGGCGGCAGCACGCUAUCCUUCCCUGGCGCUUGUUAUCGAGGCUGCCAAGUACGUGGAGUGGCACAUGCUUGCCCACUACUGGGCCCGCCGAUUCUCCGCCACGAGCACAGCUUCACAACCCGCGGAGGGUCGAGGCUUUCACAUUUUGGAAGCCGGGGAAGGUGAUGCAGGCAGUGCGGCGUCCACAGCGGCGAUGCACGAAGUCAUGCAGAGGGUAGACACGGAGGUGCGUGACCUGGUGCGCACCGCCCAGCGCAACUACCUGAACAUGAGCGAGGCGGGGUCGCGGCACGCCUGGCUCUCACUCGCGCUCUCGCUACUUUACAAAUGCAGCGUAGAGGGCCACGACGAGACGGAGGCGUCGAAUGCGGAUGGGGCAACGUCGGCGGCUUCUCACCCAGCGGGCAGAGCACCCAACGUGCACUUGUACACGGCUGCUCACAUGUUUCUCUGUAUUGUGGACCCUAAUGACAAGAAGGGCGCGGCGAAUGCCAUUCCUGCCACGUGGCUCGAGGACCUUGUGGCCCUUCUCCCUGCUGAUGCGGCGAGCCGACACAGUGUGCAAUGCGUGCUCUGUUACUUGUGGCUGCGGCUGCAGCACCAGCAGCUCGAGUCGAUGGGGGGCUGCAGCAGGGUCGCGGAGACGUUAGCGGUAGUGGAUAGCAGCGCCGUGGCACCGGCCGCCCGAUCUACCGCUACGAUGAUGCCUCGCCACAUUCUACCUGUGUUUGCAUCUGCGGUACUGUCCGCUUCCACCGCUGUUUUGCAGGACGACUUGCCUGCGCUAUUGCGCAGAGACAGCGAGGGCUCAACAGGAGCGGAGGAAGGCGCUUCGCUGUCCUCGACAGUGCGUCAGCCUGUAGUAGCAAGUCCAGUUCUCGCUGCCCCCAGCGAGGGGCGGCGGGUGACAGAGGAGGAAGAGGAGGAAGAGCUUGGGAAGCCACCUGCGACGCCAGCGACCUUUUCGACAACAUGCCCCCCUGUGAAAGCGAAUCGGUCAGACGUUACAUCUGCGCUUCCGCAGCCCCCUCCCUUGGUGUUGAUGCUAGCCUCUCUGCUUGGCAUCAUCACGCACAUCGCUGCCUCAGCAGCUGGCACACUCGCCGGUACCUCGCUCAGCCCCCAGGGUUCGAACGUUCAGCUUAACGCAGCACCUAGCGUCCCUGCUGACACGAGCGCAAGACCGCAGCUCUGCGGGGCAUUGGUGCUUCUUGUUGUUGAAGUGCCACUGGCUGUGUCCGAUGCCCUCUACCGCAGUGGCUGCCCUGCGACAGCCCUCUCUUUUAUCAAUCGGCUUUUGCACACGAUUAGUUCCACCGCGGCUGGGCAGAUCGCUGACGCCCUGCGCCUGUACGUGGCACGCGCUAAAAUGCUGGCUGCCGUCGGCGACACAGCGGAGGCAGAUGCCUGCUUGGUAAGCGCGAUCAACGUAGCUAAGGGUGCUGCCACAACUACUCCGCAGCAUCAGCAGUGUGAAGAGGAGGUGUGGGUGAAGCUUGCCGUGUUGCGCCGCAGUCAAGGACAGUCGAUUGAUGCGCUGCUGGUAGAUGCUCUGCGGCAGUGCCCGCGCUCGCCACGGCUGUGGCUCAUCCGGCUCGAGGAGAGGCGGCGCGCGAUCCAGCAGCGGCAGGACGUGCUAGCGCCGAUCUCGACUGCGGUGUCCGUGGUUGGCCUGCUCCGGCAAGACGAGUCUCUUGCCAGUGACAUUCGCGAGCUUCGCGCGCUGUGCAAUAUGGCGCUCAGUCCUGCGCACUGCCGGACUGUGGCAGCGGUGUGGAUCUUCGUGGCGGCUCGUGUGGAGGCGGAGCUGCUGCAGAACGUAUCGGCGGCGCGGGCGUUGCUGACCGAUGCGCUCUCGGCAUGUGCGCCAGAUCUGCAGAAUACGCACUCGCACGUCUUUGCGCGGGGGGUGUCGGCCCAGGAGCUCGAGCGGCAAGCCAGCGCUGUUGCCCGCAUCGGGGUAACGCAGGUCAUGCUGGACGUGCAGUACGGCACCCCAGGGCAGGCGCUGGAGGUGGUUCAGGAGGUGCUGCAGAAGCUCCCCAAGACGCGUGAGGGGACCUUUGCCAUGGCGCAGGACGAUGCUGUUGGUGAGUUACUAGGACUCUUUAUUUCACUGGAGCCGCCCGUAUCUCGUGGCAGAGCUGCCGCGCAGGUGAUGCGUCAGUGGAAGUCGCGCGAGCCACUCGCCUUGUGUGCGGUGGCGCAGCUGUACUACGCCGCCGGACAGUACGCUCGAGCUCUAGACCAAGCGAAGAAGGCGGUGCAGCUGAGCGAGGGUCGAUGCGGUGACGCUGUGGGAUUACUGUGGCGGAUGGCAGAGGCGCCAGUGAUGCAGCCUCUUGUGCGUGAGGCAAUGUCGGGAAAGACGGGAGAGGACUCUGACCGAGGCGGUGAGUCUGGGAAGCGUUCCGAGGCGCUCGCCGACGCUGCCUCUGUCGAUGAGCUCACAGUGGAAGCUAUUCAGCAGUGGGUGUUCUCCGUCGUGAACUCCAGCGGUGGCACUGGCAUAGGCGGCAGCACCAUCAGCGGCACUGACUGUGCACCGGCGGUGGCGGCUAGCCGCUCGGCUACGCCCCUCGUCGUAGUUCCCAACAGCGGCCCUAUUUGGAUCGCCGUCGCCAAGGCAGAGGACCCCGGCAAUGUGACGCUCCUCGGCUAUCGUCGGCCAGUGGCCGAGAUGCUUCGCGACGUUGCCAAUCGCAUCGCUCUCAAGGGCCCGGAGUCGGCGAGCGCCGUGACUCGCACGUAG